AUGGUUGCAGUUCAAAACAAACUGGCAAUGCAAGCUGGCCGCAUGUCAUUCAUCUCAUCUCUUUCUGCGGCUGCAGAAGCCGGGGUGUUCGAGACCCUACCACUGUCUGCUGUAACCGCCAAACUCAGACUUCUCAACACAUAUUGGAAGAAAUUCGAAGCUGACCAUGAGAAGUUGCCCUCGUCAAAAUCGGACGUCACUGUGGAGCACAAAUACUUCACUGACGGGUCCUUUGAGACCACUCUCCAACAGUAUCAGGCAGCUUCAGACGGCCUCCACACCCGCAUUGCGGAUAUUGAAGCAAAAUUACCAUCUCACGGCAGCGAUCUGGCUAACUCAAGCCUCAUCUCAUCACCUCACCAUCGUACGGCUUUGCCAACCAUCACCGUACCAAAAUUCUCCGGCAACUAUCAGGACUGGAGACACUUUCAUGAUUUAUUUGUCUCACUAAUUGGUGAAAAUCCAAAUCUCACCAACGUUAAAAAGAUGCACUACCUCAAUUCAUGUUUGGUUGGUGAAGCAGCUCGUCUCACCUCAAAUAUCAGCAUCACUGCAGAGUCGUUUGAAUCGGCCUGGAACACGAUCGUCAACCAGUACGAGAACAAACGGCUCCUCAUCUCAACUCAACUGGACAAACUUUUCAGUCUCUGUGCAGCUGAGUCAUCAUCAGCCAAGCAUCUCAAGGCAGUUUUGGGCACUGCUAUUGAAGCCAUUGAUGCCUUGAAAGCACUGAAAUCGCCAACCGACCAGUGGGAUCAGAUCCUUGUACAUCUCGUCUCACAUAAAUCAGAUCUGGCAACCUUGGAGGCAUGGGAAGUCAGUGUGGGGGCUACAACGGAGUUUCCCACCUUCGCAGAGCUCCGAACCUUCCUCCAAGGUCGCAUUCGAGCCAGAGAAGCUAUGGAGUGUGGUGUUUCUCCACGAAAACCACAAACCUUCAAAUCAUCAUCUCAAACCAAGCCACCGCCUGCAGCACGGGUACACAACCUACAACAGGCGAAGACGGAGACGUUCAACAUCUCACCAUCAUCAUCUCAAUCAAAGGCACCCGCUAAUCAGGUCCCACCGUCAGAGAGUAAGCAGUGCAAGUUAUGCUCACAGGGACAUUUUGUUGUGUACUGUCCCCAGUUCUGCGCUUACUCUCCUGACAAGAGACAUCAGUGGGCAACCCAGCGAUACCUCUGCAUCAAUUGUCUUGGGUCCCACAACAUCGCACAGUGCCACAACCCCAAGACUUGUGCAUACUGUCAAGAACAGCAUCAUUCCAUGCUACAUGAUGGCGAAGCAUCAUCAGAAGCUGAUGCAACUCAUCUCAAACGCUUGACAACCAGUUCUCACCUCACCUCAAGUUCAACAAAAGUUGACAUCAAUGAUGUCAAGUUCUUAUCUCAAUCAGCAGCACUCAACUCAGUACAAAUAAACCACUCGCAUGACAUCUCAAGAGCAAUAUCACGACCCAGUGUCUUACUGGCCACUGCCAAGGCCAUUCUCAACUACGCAGAUGAUAAUCAUCAAAUUGUCCACCUUCUCAUCGACCCUGGGUCAGAACUAACUCUCAUAUCACGGACAAUAAGCAAUAAUUGUCAACUUGACAUCAUUUCAUCUCAAAUCCCAAUUGUUGGAGUCGGCAGUGUAUCAUCCGGAAGUACAUCUGGAGCUGUAAACAUCUCUCUCACCUCACUCCACUCUGAUGAUAGUGUUAUCAUCUCUGCACAUAUUCUCAAUAAACUUACAGCUGAGCUUCCAGCUGUUUCAAUCAAGAAACAUUCGUGGAAUCAUCUCAACAAUCUGCAAUUAGCUGAUCCAGACUAUUUCAAGUCUGAUAAAAUUGAUCUACUUAUCGGCGCAGAUUGUUAUGGGCAAAUUAUCAAACCUGGAGUUCAAACUGGUUCACUUGGUGAUCCAGUUGCUAUCAAAACAAUUUUUGGCUGGUCCAUACUUGGUCCAGUAUCAUCUCAAUCACAACAAUCACCUAGCAGAUCUGACCAUAUCAUCUCUAAUGAUCAACUUCAUGAAUCAAUCAUCAAGUUUUGGCAACUGGAAGAAGUUCCAUCACAUCUCAACGAGUCUCUCACGGUAGAAGAAGCUGAAUGUGAGUCUCACUUUCAAUCAACUCACUCUCGUGAUCACACUGGUAGAUACACCGUGCGAUUACCAUUUAAAUCAUCUCAGCAGCUUGGACAUUCAAUACACAUUGCCAUCAAGUGUCUAAAUCGACUAAUAAAAAACGUCUCACAAAAGUCUGAGUUCAAUCAUCUCUACAAGGAUUUUCUCACGGAGUAUGAGGCCAUGGGUCACAUGCAAAAGGUCCCAGAUUCAUAUCAAUCAUCUCACAUCACCUACUAUCUACCUCAUCACGGUGUUCUUCGUGAAGAAAGUACAACAACUAAGCUGAGAGUUGUUUUCAACGGCUCCAGUAACACAACCUCAGGCAUCUCACUCAAUGACACACUUCACACGGGUCCAAAACUGCAGUCUGACAUUUUUGAUGUCUUACUGUAUGUCAGAAGACACCAAUUCAUCUUCACCACGGACAUCACAAAGAUGUUCCGUCAAAUCAAUGUUCAUCCAGAUGAUUGGGACUAUCAACGGAUCCUCUGGGUAGAUGAUGACAAUCAACCUCAAUUAUAUCAUCUCACCACCGUUACAUACGGCACGCGUCCAGCACCAUACCUUGCUGGCCGUGUUCUCAAACAGCUGAUCAUCGAUGAAGGAGAUAAGUAUCUACUAGCUGUCGAACCUUUUGAAAAAGGCAGUUACGUGGAUGAUAUCUGCCGAGGCGCUGAUAACGUCAAUCAUCUCAACAACAUCGCAUCUCAAGUGGAAGCAAUAUGUUUUGCUGGUUGUUUUCCACUAGCCAAGUGGAAAAGCAACCAUCCUCAGUUCAGCAAAUUGUCAUCAUCUAACAUCUCAAAUUCACACGAGUUCAAUGAAUCUACAUCCAAAAUUCUUGGACUUUCGUGGAAGUGUCAACCAGAUCACCUCACAUUUACUGGUCAUACACCUCAAAAGGCUGCCAUCACCAAAAGAUAA